AAGUUCGAAGUCCAGGCAAAAAAUGGCAGAAGACACUGGCUACGAAUCCGUCAUCUGUGUCAAACCAGAGGUACAUGUCUACCGGAUCCCUCCCCGGGCGACGAACCGGGGCUAUCGGGCUGCAGACUGGAAGCUGGAUGAGCCAGCCUGGAGCGGCAGGCUCCGGAUCACCUCCAAAGGCAAGAUGGCCUUCAUCAAGCUGGAGGACAAGAUCUCAGGAGAACUAUUUGCCCAGGCGCCGGUGGAGCAGUACCCAGGAAGUGUGGUCGAGGCCGUGACAGACUCCAGCCGAUACUUUGUGGUGCGGAUAGAGGACGGCAAUGGGCGCCACGCGUUUAUCGGCCUCGGGUUCGCUGACCGCGGUGACUCCUUCGACUUCAACGUGGCUCUGCAGGACCACUUCAAAUGGGUUCGACAGGAAAGUGAGCUGGCGAAACAGGAGGCCGAUCAGAGCGCGGCGCCAAAACUGGACCUGGGCUUCAAAGAAGGGCAGACUAUCAAGAUCAACAUUGGGAACAUCAAGAAGAAAGACGCUCCAGGGGCAGCUAAGUCUCGACCAAUGGGCAGCGGGCUCCUCCCUCCUCCUCCAGGCGCAAAAGGGGGCGGUCUCCUUCCCCCUCCUGGAGCACAGCAGCCGGCCGCACCUGCGCAGCCUAACGCAGCAGCUACCCUAUUAGAUUUCGGGUCUCCCACCCCUGCUCCAGCCCCUGCCCCCGCCCCCGCCCAGCCCUCCCUCGAUUUGUGGGGCGACUUCACCACGGCUUCUUCCAGCUCUAACAAGGGCACUGUCAAUUCAGGAUGGGUGCAGUUUUAACUGUGAAACAGGUUACAGGUAUACACACACACACACGCAAACACAUACAACGCAGACACACACUCUUGCUGCGCUUUCUUCUAUACAUUCCCUGGAUGGAAGGAGCGAUGGGGAGGGCAGGACUUGAAAUGCAACGGAGAGAUGGAUUCGCUGUCAAUGAGCCUGACGGUGCAGUUCUCCCUGCUGGCUGGUGGAGCCACGUGUGCACACACACACGCGCGCACACGCACACGCACACGCACAGCUACAGACAAAGCCAGACCUACAUCCAGUUAUAAACACACAGCCUGACAGACGGUCUCUCACACAAACACCAAGCAGGCAAAGAUACCAGCACCUGAUUUGAAAACUUGUUCAUUGUUAUAUUUUACUUUUUCUCUCUCUCUCUCUCUAUGCAAUCAGAGGUGACUGUAUCGAAUCACUCAUGUCGUAGUUGUUUAAGUAUUAAUGAUUCUUAAAUGUGCUUAAUUUUCUGGGGUAGAGGCAGAGUGUGGUAUUUCCCAAUUCUUAGUUUAAACUCUAUCUCUCUUUGCUUUGCCCCCUCCCCCACCCACCACCUCUCCACAAACCUCUUCUGAAAAGCCGAUCGGUGCCGAAGAGCAGUCGCAUCUCAUAAAUUGUCAUCUCAUAUUUCAUACAUAUCUCCCUGUCAGCAGUGUUGAAACAGGAUAUAAAUGCAUUCCGUAUGAAUUACCCACCGCUGGGUGGGUACGUGCUCCUUCUCUUCCUCUGAAUAUGUCCCUGUGUUUCCCUCCUAACCCCUCGUUUUCAUGCAAUCACUGACCACUCUAACUGCAGCCCUUUUGUUCUAAACCUAACCUGACCCUUGUGACCUGCCUCCAUUUUUCCUCAUUGGUUACACUUCCUCUUCUUUUUUCCCCUCACUUCCUGUCUCCCCCUCUGAGCAUGCUCUCUCUCAUCAUAUCACCCUGAAAUGCUGCACAUCUCGAGUGACUUAGAAAUAAGUAGUAGUAAUAAAAUAUUUUCUUACUGAGAGUAGUUAUCGUUGUAACCGGAGUGUUGAGAUUUUUUUUUUCCCGCCAUCUUCUUGAGGAGGAGGGUGUAAAAGCAUUUCUUUUUUUUUUUUUAUUAUCAAUAUUGCAAAUGUUUAUUAGACUGUUUUACUACAGUGCAUAACUGUGUAUGUAUGAAGGACAGAGGUUGGGUGUAUCAGUCAGUUCCUGCUUAUUAAUAAAGAUGACAGGCAGAGACGGGCAGCACGACUUCUAAGGGAACAGCAAGGAAAACGGCUGCAACGCAGUGCUUUCGCGCUUCCUCUUGUGUAUCAAGGGAAGACUCUUUGGUCUUUUGGCAAAGAUCAGUAUGCAGAAUCUUUUCUUAUCAGUUUAAUAUCUGCUCUCUCACUUCUAACUCUGGUCCUGUCUCAUAUUUGACCUUAUGAUUGAUGCUAGUGAUUUUUGUAGUAGAGAAAGAUGGUUAAAAAAGAUGACAGCACUGUCGUAUGGACCGAUGUCUUCCUGCCUGUCUGUCUGUCUGUCUGCCUUGGGUAAAUUUAGCUGGAGGUGCAUUUUUUUUUUUUGGCAUUUGAUUGUUUACAGACCUCACCAGACCAGCCUCUUUGCGUGUGUGUGUGUGUGUUAGAUGUUCAUCUCUGCUCCUUAUUAUGUAGUUUAUUUUAACCUUACUGUGCCUUAGCGGGAUUGGGAUGGGGUGGGGGGAUUUGGGGUGGUGUGGUGGUGUAUGACAUGUUUCUCCAAGUGCCUCCUCUAAUGUUAAAGCACUUGUAUAAAUGUAAAGCGACACAUAAUUGUAAAUACAU